GAAAGCAAAGGCCAAAGGGGAAAAAAAUGAGCAGCAGCGAGAAAGCCAUAAACGCAGUUUUCUACGCGGAGACGUACCAUCCGAUCCAAGCCGGAAGCAUCGACGGCACCGACUUCCUCCCUCACGACAACGCCGUCUAUCGUGCCCAUCUCUGCUCCUCCGCCUCUCUCUAUGACCCUCUCGGCGAUCCCAACCUCGUCGGCGACCCUUACUGCACUCUCUUCGUCGCCUGCCUUUCUCACCACACCACAGAGCACACGCUUCGCAAGGCUAUGAGAAAGUACGGUCGGGUGAAGAAUUUGCGCUUAGUUAGGCACAUUGUAACUGGUGCCUCGCGUGGUUAUGCUUUUGUUGAGUUUGAAACAGAAAGGGAGAUGCUGCGUGCCUAUAAGGAUGCUCAUCAUUCAGUUAUUGAUGAUUGUGAAAUUAUAGUUGAUUACAACAGACAACAGUUGAUGCCUGGCUGGAUUCCACGAAGGUUAGGAGGGGGUCUUGGUGGUAAGAAGGAAUCUGGACAGCUUCGUUUUGGAGGACGGGAAAGGCCAUUUCGAGCACCCUUACGACCAAUCCCAUAUGGCGAUUUGAAAAGGCUCCGCAUUCCACCUCCGCCGGAAGGAAAAUACAUGUCUCGGCAUCAGGUCCCAUCCCCACCUAGAAGAGAAAGGAGCUUGGAAGACAGAGAAGAAGAAAGCUCUCAUAGGAGCAGGUCCGCGGAUAGGGACGGACAAACUCGCAAAAGCAGUCCUGCGGACAGUCGCAAGAGGAGAUCUAUGGAUGACCGGGAGGAGCGCUCUAAUAGGAGCUCGGUGGCGCAAGGGAAAGACUACAUUGAAAGGACUUCCAUGGAAAGGGAUGGUUGUUCCUCCAUUUCUGUCAAGAGGGAGGAACGCUAUCACAAGAGGAAGUCUAUGGACAAGGAAGACCACUCUCACAAAAUGGGCUACAAGGAUGGGGAUGAAAAACAUUCUCGCAGGCGACAUGAAUCCGGUCGGCGUGAGUGAGCGUGUUGUGGCAAUGGAAUAUGGUAUGGAGGGGCCGAUGAGAGGCGAUAAGAGUGCAAUUUGAGUGGCAAGGAUAACCGAUGCUUUUAAAUUUAGGAAUUUAUCCUAAGAUAUUGUAAAUUUUCAGGAAAAGUGGUCUUCCUUUUUAAUGUAAAAAUCUUUGAUUUAUGGACGUCUCAUUCUCUUGAUAGAAAAUGUUAUGUUCUUGAAUUUUAUGUUUAAUUUGACGCAAUGCACUUUAAAUGUUAAUGAUAUAAUAAUAUUUUU